AUGAUGAUGUCAUCACUUGUUGUUCCCCUGUCUUGUUCAAUCGAAAAUCACGUUUUAACAGAAGGAGUGCUAAUCAAGCAAUCAAUUUUCAAGAUUUUAGUACUCUUUACCCACUCUUCACCCUGGCUUUCAUCUCUUUCUCCAGAAACAGGAAUCGUCGGAAAAAAAGACACCGGCCGAUGGAGAAUGCGGUGGAGAGAGAGGCCUGGAAGGCACACGUGGCGAUGAUCUGUGUGCAAUUGUUUAACGGAGGGUAUCACGUCAUUACCAAAGUGGCUCUCAACGUUGGUGUGAACCAACUAGUGUUUUGCGUCUUUCGUGAUCUCAUUGCUCUCUCUAUUCUUGCUCCUCUUGCUUAUUUCCGUGACAAAAGGACUAGACCUCCUUUGAAUCGACGAUUACUUUUAGCUUUCUUCUUCCUUGGCUUAACUGGGAUAUUUGGCAACCAGCUUUUGUUCCUUAUUGGUCUCAAUUACACCAAUCCAACUUAUGCUGCAGCCAUUCAGCCAUCGAUCCCGGUUUUUACUUUCAUCUUGGCUCUCAUUAUGGGAACAGAGAAACUGAAUUUAUUUAAACUAGAAGGUCAAGCUAAGGUAGGAGGUACAGUGAUUUGUGUUGCUGGGGCGGUUCUGAUGGUUUUGUUUCGUGGACCAGCUUUGUUUGGGGAAACAGAGGCUGACGUCUUGAGUCAUGGUGAAACAAGACACCCUGAAACAUCUGGACACUUCAUGUCUGGCUUUUUCAAUGGACUUGGGAGAUGGAAUCUGGGAGUUUUGUGUUUGAUUGGGAAUUGUACUUGCAUGGCAGCAUUUCUUGCUAUUCAGGCUCCGGUUUUGAAGAAGUAUCCGGCGAAUCUUUCUGUCACAGCAUACUCGUAUUUCUUUGGCACCAUGUUUAUGGUGACAUCUGCUUUUUUCAUGACCAAUGAGUCGACAAAAUGGAGUCUCACAAGAUCUGAGUUCUUUGCAGUUGUCUACGCAGGAGUAAUCGCGUCUGCACUUAACUAUGGUCUCUUGACGUGGUCAAAUAAGAUCUUGGGUCCUUCUUUGGUUGCUCUCUAUAAUCCUCUUCAACCUGCAGCCUCAGCUUUCUUGUCCAGAAUCUUCCUUGGAAGCCCGAUCUACUUGGGGAGCAUUUUAGGCGGAUGUGCAAUCAUCUCAGGUCUUUACAGUGUCACCUGGGCAUCUUACAAAGAAAAAAAAGCAGCAGCAGCAACGAGUGUCAUUCCCAUCACCACAAAGGAAGCUGAACCCUUAAUCUACAAGGACCAUCAUAAGAACAAACCAACAGGACAUCUAUUCACAAAGCCUCCCAUCUCUUCACCAAAAUCCACUGAUUGAACAAAAAUUCUGGCUUCUUGAAACUACUUGGGCGCUCCAAUAUUUUCUUGACCUUUUGCCGACAAGAAGGUGACUAUUGAGUUUUCAAACAGUAUAUAUAUGCGUAUACACAUCAAUAUUUAGGAAAGUCGCAAUAUUAGGCUCAUCUAAUUCAA